AUGGAGUCGCUUCUUAAAAACCUCAAAGAACAUGUAACAUGCUCGAUUUGUUUGGAUACUUACACCAAACCCAAGACCAUUGCUUGUCUUCAUACAUUCUGCUGUGCAUGCCUGGAGAGACAUGCACUAAUGAGACAAAAACAAGGGCUUUAUCCAUGCCCCGAGUGUCAGGCACAAAUUCGCAUCCCUGAAGGCAAUGGUUUUGAUAAUCUGCCGAGCAGUUUUCUGCACAACAGUUUAUUGAGUCUUCUUGCCGUUCGACGCAGUGGCGAAGGAAAUGAGAUCAGCUGUAGUACAUGCCAGAAGAAUAGCGCUGAGAUCAACUACUGCUUUGAUUGCGAGAAGUUUAUCUGCCCCGACUGUGUGAAAGCACACGACGUAUUUCGAAAUACAAUGUUUGAAGGGCACAAAGUCACACCGGUGCGACAGUUUGAAGCGGCAGACUACGAGGCCUUGUUGAAACGGCAAUCAUUUUGCUCAGAGAAGUACCACAAAAAAGAUGUGAUUCGUUUUUUUUGCGUUGACUGUCAAAGAUGUGUUUGUCCAGCUUGCAUCGCCACUAAUCACAAAGGCCACGAUGUUGUUCUGAUUGAAAAUGCAGCGGAUGAUGAGAAAGCAAAGAUCCUCGCUCGAACAGAGCAGGUGAGAGAGAAGAAAAUGGUUUGCCGAGAUGUUAUUCGUGAAUUUGAGAACACAGAGGUUGAGUUGGAAGCGAACAUUACCACUGCUAAAGGCAAAGUUUCUCAAGCGGUCGAACAAAUGAUUAGAAAGCUUAAACAACUGGAGGUUGAAGCCAUUACUGCCCUCGAGGAGGCUCGCGUGUCGAGGAUUGAGAAAUUUCUUUCUGGAAAAGCAUCGGUUGUCUCUUUGGAAAAGCAACUUGAGCAAGCAGUCGAGUUCAGUAACAAUCUGGUUGAGAGAAGCUCAAGCUCAGACAUAAUGCAAAACAAGAAGAGUGUGGAAGAACGAAUCGAAGACCUCAUUAAGACUACAGUGCCAGUACUUCCGGUUAACUCGUUCGUGGAGUUUGUGUCGACGUGUGAACCAGAGAGUUUGAGUCUGGGAUCUAUGAACUUCAGCGAAACAAAAGUGUGGGAAUCGACCGUGGAAGGACUGGAUCAGAAUUUCCAAGCUGGUGUGGAAGCAGAGCUGUUGAUUUGUCCCAAAUCAAGCGAAGGAGAAAUCAGAAACACUCAGUGCACAGAUCAUGUUGAGGUACACAUAGACCCCGCUGAUCAGGUGAGAAGUUUGGUGACAAGUGAGAAAGAAGACGGACAUUUCCUGGUAAAAAUCAUGGCGAAAGUACCAGGUGUUUGUAAAAUGGAAGUAAAAAUCAAUGGACUUAAACUUGCCAAGAGUCCGUUUUCUCUACCGGUUAAAGCACGAGAGUUCAAUGUUAUAGGCAAGUUGGACUUUCAGGGGGAACUUUCCCAGGGUCCAACUGGCAUUGCAGUGAACAAGAGUUUGAGUCUUGGAUUUACGAAAUUCUGCGAAACAGAUGUGCCAGCAUCGACCGUGGAAGGACUGGAUCAGAAUUUUCAAGCUGGUGUAGAAGCAGAACUAUUGAUUUUUCCCAAAUCAAGCGAAGGAGAAACCAAAGACAGUCAGCACACAGAUCGUGUUGAAGUACACAUAGAACCUGCGGAUCGGGUGAGCAAUUUGCUGAUGAGUGAAAAAGAAGACGAUAGUUUUAUAGUAAAAUUUGUAGCGAAAGUACCAGGUACUUAUGAAAUGGAAGUUAAGAUAAAUGGACAGGAACUUGAAUUUUUGAUUCCAGUUAAGGCACGACAAUUACACUUUGCAGGCAAGUUAGACUUUCAGGGAGCAGUGUCCCCGGGUACAGCCGGGGUUGCAGUGAACAGUAAAGGUGUUAUUGCUGUGGCUGGGUGUAAAGGUCACUGUAUCCUGGUAUUUGAUGAGGCAGGAAAAUUUGUACGAAAACCUGGUUGUCAUGGAGACCAGGAUGGGCAAUUUAAUCGUCCAAUCGACGUCACAUUCAUAAACGAUGACGAGAUUCUGGUGGGGGAUAAUUGUAAUCACCGAAUACAGCGGUUGAAUGUACAAACAGGGAACUUUGUGAAAAAGUUUGGAAAAGAGGGAAAUGGAGACGGAGAGUUAAAGAAUCCUGCUAGUGUUUGUAUUACAAGCGAUGGACGUUUUAUUGUUGUUGCGGAGUUUGUUAACAGCAGAAUUCAGGUGUUUACAAUGGAUGGUGAACCUGUGUUGAAGUUUGGAGACAGUGGCUCAGAGAGGCUUGAUCAUCCGGUCGGUUGCAUUUGUUACGAGGACAAUUUCAUCGUAACUGACAAGAAUAAUAACUGUGUCAAAGAAAAAGGAAACGGUGAUGGACGAUUGGAUUGGCCGUGUGGGUUAAGUGUUGACAAGUGUGGCAACGUUUUCUUAUGCGACAGGUUGAAUAAUCGCAUUCAACAGUUUACAUUGGAAGGAACUUUCAUUGGAAAGACAAGUACUGAUCUGAAACUAGAACAGCCCUGGGGUAUUACCACAAUUUCAGAUGAUCGGAUUUUGAUUACAGAGUUCGACGGAAAAGAAGUUAUCAUUCUGAAAUGAAUGCAUAUUUAUGAAAUUAGCAAUCAAACCUUCUCAAAGAAAACUUAAAAAAUGAAGACAUUCUCAUCAGUUUUGUUUUAAGAAGAUUUAAUUAUUAGUAUUAUUUUAUUAAGUUACGGACAUUCUUGACACACUUUAUGUGAAGCAAAAUAAUUUGAAAGAAAAAAGCUAGAAUCUGAGUUGCUCUCAAAAUUCACGAAAAGAGUCCAAUUGUUUUCUGUCAUUCAGUAGUAGAGUGGUGUGAUUGUUUUGCAGUAAAAUGACUAAAAAAUUCGAUCACAAAAAUCCCUCGGUUAAUCUGCCUUCAGCUUGAUAAAAAAUGUUUGCUGGUAAAACGAAAUGUAUUUUUACGUCGAAGAGCAGUUUGAAUGCAAAAAGACAUUCCCGAGGGCAAAAAAACCAUUGUACACUAGCACCGAUAAGUAUAAAUUGUUGCUGAUGUGAGGCCAACUUGAAACAUGCAUUUUUAUCAGCAUACAUGCAUCUUAAGAUGCCUUUUGUUCUUGUUUGAUAACAGUCAUUCACUCGCCCAGCGGAACCGUAUUUUUAUUUCGAAUUGUCAAAUAUAAACAUAUAGACAGUAGCUAAUAGGAAUGAGA